AUUAUUAUAUGUACACGCGGAUUCACCUCUGGUCUGGUUGUGUGCCGCGUGUUUGUUCGGUACAAUAAUUAUUAUAAUAAUAUUUUAUUUAUUAAACACCAAUAACACGGUGCACAUUGAUCAUUGACAAUAAAAAGCGAUCGCACGUUGUUCCGUCACGUUCGCGACACUACAUCGUUAUUAUUAUUAUUAUUAUUAUUAUUAUUAUUAAUUUUACCCGUGGUUAUUGUUAUUGUUAACGUCGCGCUGUACCUACAUAAUAUCUGUCGGCCUGCACCGCCAUUCGUCUGGAAGUGAAUUUCAAAAACAGUUUUAGCGUAUUUUUCACAUAGCUGGAUUUCACGCAUCGCCGUCACACGUCGGAUCUGUCUGUGCCAUCGCAUGCGGUUCAUACGAAUAUCGAUAUCGUCAGGUAUAUUAUAAAUUCGCGGUCCAGCAACAAUCAUGUGACACGAAUCACACGCACGGGAACCGAAUGAAAAUCUGACUCGUAGUCUCCUCUCUCGAACCCUGCGAUCGACGUCUGUGAUCGACGGCCGUAUCCAUAUUUUAUUCAGUUGACGACGACUACGACGAAGACAACGACAAAAGCUCUGUCGGUUUUUGCGACAGCAGUGCAGCAGCAGAAUCAUCGGCGCAUCUGCGAGGUGGACCGUCCGCGUUUAAUAUGCUACGUAUAUCAAAUUUCACCAAACGACAGUGGUUGACGUUAAUCGUGUUCAGUAUCGCCGACUUUUGUAACGCCAUUUGCGUAUCGUUGCAGGCUCCGUUUUAUCCGCAAGAGGCUGAAAAGAAAGGAGCCACUGCAACAGAAUAUGGUUUGGUGUUUGGUGUUUUUGAACUGGUCGUGUUUUUAAUCAGUCCCGUUUAUGGAAAACACUUGAAUAGGAUUGGUCCCAAAAAUCUGUUCAAUGGAGGAAUAUUCACUACAGGAGUAUGUGCCAUUUUAUUUGGAUUUUUGGACAGGGUGGAAGGCCAUUAUCUAUUCAUCAUAUUAUCAUUCGUCAUACGUAUCGUCGAAGCGAUGGGAAAUGCGGCAUUUUUGACAGCCAGUUUUGCCAUCAUUGCUAUGGAGUUUCCGGACAAUGUGGCUACCACAUUUGCUUCUCUUGAGACAUUUUUUGGACUUGGGCUGAUUGUUGGACCAACCGUUGGCGGAGCUUUGUAUCAAGUCGGAGGCUUUGUAACUCCAUUUUUAGUUUUGGGCUCUACGCUUUUCCUUUCGGCUAUCAUGACUGCGUUUGUGUUACCCGACCACCCGAAUCGUAGAAAUGACGUCACUAGUGAUGCUAGUCUGUUGAAAGUAUUGAAAAUUCCUGGCAUAAUGUUAGCGGCCGCUAGUAUUAUCGUGACGUCUAUGAGCAUCGGGUUCUUGUCGGCCACCUUGGAACCACAUCUCAGACAAUUCAAAUUGUCUCCAAUGGUCUUGGGGCUGAUGUUCGUCAUAAAUGGUGGGACUUAUGCAUUGACAGCGCCCUGGUGGGGUUGGCUGUGCGACAAAGUGCUGCCUGCCAAGGUCGUCACGUUGCUGGGUUGCAUCAUACUCAUGAUCGGAUUCAGUCUUAUCGGCCCGGUGCCAUUCCUUGACAGACCGACGGAAUUUUCCGUCACCAUACUAGGACUAGUGAUGCACGGCAUGGGAAUCGGCGCACAACUUGUUGCAUCGUUCACCGACGCUCUGCGGACCGCCAUUCAGCACGGGUUCGCAAACAACCUUGAAACUUACGGUCUGAUAUCGGGACUUUGGACUUCCACUUUUGCACUCGGAGCUUUUAUCGGUCCUUCCAUUGCUGGUGUGCUGUACGAUAUCGUAGGAUUCGGCGCAGCUACUUUAUUCGUUAUCGUCUUAUCUGCUGUUGUGGGUGUUGCCGUAGCGCUGUUUUUGAUUUUCUCCCGGCCGCCGAGGCUGGUCAAGGACGUGCACAGUCUAGAUAACUUGAUGGAUCCACUGGUCAAGUCUGUGACGGAGAACGGUGGAGGGUACAACGGGCUCAUGACGUCAGCGCUCACGUGCCCAGUGCCCCCGGAAAGGCCACCCGGCAUGGAUGGCAUAAUCGCGUGUAGCAGCUACAAGAAUCGGUUGGGCACGUGGAACCGGAAGGAGAGCGAACUGGUCAUUGGCAGCCAUAUUGGCAACAGCUACGCCGACGAGACCAGAGGUCUGCUGGGCUGACCACCGCUGCACGUUUUAUGAUUAUUACGUUGUUAUAAUAUCAUGAUAUAUUAUCAUCACUACUCCCACGCGCCGCUUUUGUAAUUUCCCGAUGUACUCGUAUAAUAUUUUGUUGUUUUUAAAUUAUUUGUUUUUGUUUUUUGAGUUUUUGAAAUAUUGAAUAAUGAUAGUCGUGUAAGCAGUUUAGGCCAGUUUUCACUCUCUUCCUCACACUGCCGUGUUUUAUUCAUCUCACAAAACUUUACCAACACACUUUACAGAUAAAUACCGACUUCCUGGCGUGACUACCAAAACCACCACCUCCCAUUUUAUAGGUAUAGUCACCGUCAUCAAUCCUGUUAUCGUUG